GCCCAGCAGCCACCGGGAAGGGCAGAAGGAAACGGCGCGGGCGGGCCCGGCGGCAGCCAAUGAGAAAAGUCUGCUGUCCGGAGCGAGCGCCUCAAAUAAUCUGGCUCAGCUGAUCGUCUCCAGCCGAGAGUUGUUUUCGAAGCGAGGGAGCGCUGCAGCGGGGCGGGCGGGCGGAGAGAGGGGGCAGGCGCGGGCUCUCUUUUGUUGCAUGGGUUUUUUAGCCGUUGUUGUGAGUGGUGUGGGGGGGAUUUUCCCCGCCCCUGGUUUUUACCCCCCCGUUUUAUCCCAUUGCAGCCCGCUCCCCUCCCCCCAUGAGCGGGACCGUCUCUGCCCCCCCCGCCGGGGCCAUGCCCGCCAUCCCCUACCCCGUGGAGCUGGGGCUGACGGUGCUGCACACCGCCCUGUACGCCUCCCUCUUCCUCUUCGCCUACCUGCAGCUCUGGCUGCUCCUCUGCUACGGGGAGAAGCGGCUGAGCUACCGCCCGCUCGGCCUCUUCCUCUGCCUGCUGUGGGCAGCGCUCCGCACCGUGCUCUUCUCCUGCUACCUGCAGAACUCCCGGCGGGCCGCCCCGCUGCGGCGCCAGCCCUUCCCGCACUGGCUGCUCUUCUGCUCGCCGGGCUGCCUGCUCUUCGCCGGCCUCUGCCUCCUCAACCUCUACUUCGCAGAGGUUAUAUUCAAAGUCAAAUGUGCAGCAGAAUUCAAUAAGUACAAGAUCCUGUUGUAUCUGGGCUCCAUAUUUAUCAGCCUUCUCUUUCUCGUUGUGAAUUUAACUUGUGCAAUGCUUAUCCAUGGAGAUGUCCCAGAGACUCGGCUGAGAUGGACAGUAUUUGUUCGGGCACUAGUCAAUGACAGUCUCUUCAUUCUUUGUGCCAUUUCAUUAGCUUGUUGUAUGUGCAAACUUGCAAAAAUGUCAUCGGCAAACGUCUACCUCGAGUCAAAGGGCACAUCUGUCUGCCAGGCCAUUCUUGUCGGUUCAGUAGUUGUUCUUCUGUACUCUUCAAGGGCUUGCUAUAACCUGGUAGCAGUGGCCAUAUCUCCAGAGAAUGUUCCUAGUCCAUUUAAUUAUGGCUGGGACAACCUUUCGGAUAAGAUGCAUGCAGAAGAAGUCAGUGGUGAAGAAUAUGUGGUGUUUGGAGUAGUCCUCUUCCUCUGGGAGCUUGUGCCAACCAGUUUUGUGGUGCUGUUCUUCCGGGCUCAGAGGCUAACUCAGAACUUGACACCAGCUGGCAUGAUAAACAGUCAUAGUUAUAGCUCCAGAGCAUACUUCUUUGACAAUCCAAGGCGAUACGACAGUGACGAUGACUUGCCAAGACUUGGUGCAAGAGAAGGAGGCAGCUUGGCUACCCCUCCGUGCUCCGGCUGGUAUGGCACUCUGACUGGGAGCGAUAGCUAUGCGGUUAUUCCCUAUCUGAGUGGACCUAAGCCAGAUACCGCCCCGCUGCUCUUCACAUGUAGUGAUUUGGAAGCUAACAAUCACCAUACCUUAUACUCCACGCCGCAGAACUGAAGAGCCCACCAAGAUUCGCUUCUCUUGGGGGCAGCUUUCGUGGGAGUCCGAUCAUUUUCCAAACAUCUAACUUCAUCUGCACAAACAUUCCAUUCUCUCUUGCAGCUGUAAACCAGAACCUGGAGACUUAGGCUGCGUGUGGUAUGUAAAACUGUUACUCAUGGUACCGUGUAGCAAAGGGAAGGUGAAAAAUCUCUGGGAGCUCUUUGGGAGGGAGGGGGGAGUCCAGUCUUCUCAAGAUGCUCGCUGGCAGCUAGAAGCACCAGAGCUGACUCACUAGACCAACAUCAAAUGCGUAUUUGCACUUUUUAUCUGCACGUUCUGAAGGAACACCUCACACUCCGACUUCCCUUUGGAACAGCCCGCGUCUGUUCCAUGUUCAUCUUUUAAUUGCACAUCCAUAGAUGGGAGAGGUGCGGUCAUCCUGCGAAGACGGGUGCGUCGAUACGUAGGCCAUGCUGCACUCUGCAACCUGAUCCGCUCCAAGGACAAAUGCGCCCUCUUCAGAGAAACUGUGUGGGAUUUACACUAAUGAAGAAAGUUACCUAAUGUGUGAAUAUGGCACAUUAUACAAGACCAAUGUAGUGUCUCUUUGCUGGGGAUGUGGGCUUACUCUAACUCGGUCCUCGCGGCAGCGGACUGCUAAAAUACUCUUAGCUGGACUGUGGGUUAAAGCAAACCUUCAAGCAUGGGUGUUGCGAAGGCCUUUUAAAAGCCUGAGCUCAGUGGCUUCUACUAGCACGAAGGUCACUGAACAGUAACCAGCUCUGCUCUUUUAAACAAAAAAAAUGCCACCUCGAGCGAGUCGAAUGAGUGUGGUUACCGUUAAGCUUGUAGAGAGAACAUGUGGCCAUGAGGCAUGCUCCUUGCAGGGUGGCUUCUUCAAGCAAACCUAGCAGUCAGUCUGCAUAAGAGUGGCGUGAGCAUUUUAUUUUGGCCCGAACCCAUACAUAACACAGCUUCUUUCAUACUAGGAUCUGUUCACUGCAUUCCCUAGUGGAGUCAGUGCUUAAUCUGCCUUGGGGAGAAUAGCAAUUUUAUAUUUAACCUGACUGAAUAUAAACUAGAGGUCAUUCUUAGAACGUGAAACUUCUUUGCUUUCAUGGCCGCUUUCUCUGACUGAAAUCACGAAGCCUGCAGGGUGGUACCUGCAUGCCACUAGUUGGGACUGCCUCACAACUUCUAGUUCUCCUGUCUCUUCAGACUGUCUGAGGAAUAAGUGUCCCAUGACAUUCCACUGAAUGUACUGUAAAAGUAGUGCAAUGUGUCCUGAACUGGGGGGGUCCCCCGCAUUGAAGUAUUAAAUUUUGGCAUCUCAUUGCAGGGUGUGCACUGGAGGGUGGGUCUAGUGAGGUGAGAAGCAUUUAAUGAAAUGUGUAGUUUUUUAACAUCCAGGAUUUUAUUCUGGCAGGAUAUUGGCCUUUAAAUCACGUUUUUAACUGUGUCUAAAAGCACCCUAUUCAAAAUUGGAAAGCGAGACAUGGCCGUAAGGAUGCACAGGUGUUUGGAUUAGGCUCUAAAGUUAGCUCUUAAAUACACUGUUGGUUUACACGGAUAGUAGCUCCUACAAGGAAAAGCAUGCCUCUAGGGCAAAGCUGCUCUGGCCAGGGUAGGGCAGCUGCUAUCUCCAGCCUGUAGUAGACUUCCUCUGGAGAUCUCCACCUUAGCAUUCCUUUAGAAGCUUAAACUGGAAACGGUUGGCAUACAUUGCUGAUGGCAGGAGCUGGUCCUGCCGAUCAACUGCAUGCUCUUUCCAAGGGUGUGCUUUGUUUUUAAACUUGAAUUAAGAUUUGAUGUUAGAGUAAAACUUCACUGAGGGACUGAACAGGACCACAUAGUCUGUAGGAUCAUGGGGAAGUGUCCCCACUGGACAAGUGGGGAUACUGCUGGCAUAUGGAACAUGACUGACGUGACUGUCUAGCCUUUAAAAUGCUGAUUCCCAGGCUCACGGGGGUGGGUGGGUGUGUGUGUGUCACACACACACACACACACACACACACACACACACGUUUUCCAAGAAUAAACUCUUGGUUCUCAAAGAAGGUAGUGGAGACUUGGGAGCAGGCCUAGGAUCUGUGUGGGAAAGAACAUGUGAGCAUAUCUACAUCCUUGCUCUUACUGAGCUACUUCUGAAGCCCCUCUCUCUCUAUAGCCCCCCACCCAGAAACUGAGCAGCUGGAUUGAGGUGUAGGGGGGACUCUAAUGUCCUCAUUUUACUCUCUUGCUCACUGGUCCAAAACCAAGGCAAGCCGUGCUCUUUCCUCUAAAGGCUCGGAGCCUGUGUUUGACAGAUCACUGGAUCCUUCUCGCUCUAAUACUUGAGCUGAAAGGACUUUUAUUUUAGCUACGAUUGUACGACCCAUUUCAUUGCCUAGGGUGGGAUUCAGAAACCAGUUGCUCUGUCCUGAUCGCCGCUUGACUUAUGGUGAAACUAGCUAGGGACCUGAACUCCAGCUGCAGCCCUUCUCUUCCCCUCCCAUAAGUCACCAAAGACUCAAAGUUCAGCCACUGGCCCCUGUUCUUGCUUUAAUAAUAAUAAAAAAAAAACAAAGUCCAAAGCACUAGGAGCACUUUAAGUUUCCUUUGGAGGGAAGGGAGUGUUGCGCAAAAAAAAAAGGGCUACUGGCUCAUUGUUCAUAUUGCACUGACGCACAGAACGACAAUAUGAUCUUCCUCUCAUUAGGGUCACAGAUCAGGGCCGUGAGUCUCGUUGCUUAAGUACGUAUUAGUGAGUGACUAGCAACUGUUUUGGGUUUUAUUACUUUGUAUGGAUGGCCAUUAAUUUCCGAACUCCAACAGCUCAGAUUGGGGCCGGUCUUGUGUUUUACUGAAGUAAUUUAUAGCUGACGUGUACAAUGACUUUUAUAUGCAUAGUUGCCUUUCAUUCCAUUUAUUUUUAUUUUAUUUUAUUUUUGUAAUGGUUUAACUGUUUCUUUGCUUUGUAGCCAGUUGAGAGCUGGUUGCAACAGGAAGCUGUGGCCGAUGAAUGUACCUAUUUGUUGUUGUUCACUAAACUGUAACCAAGCACUACUAUGUUGAAUAAAAAAUUCUUCUGUGCUAUU